GGGAAUGACCAAAUGGUGGAAGGCAACUUGGCUGCUGUUUCUGUUUCUUUCUCAUCCGGCACAAUCCAUUGGAUUUAUUGAGACACCAGGGAAAAGAAAUGCAUUUUUUUCAAAACAGGAAUCGCCCUCGCUCGUCCUUUGAAUUAAAGGUAGGGAAAUCCCAUUUGCUCGAAGUUACCGUCCAUCUCGUCACGCGCAGACGCGAUGUUGCCGUCCGGCGGAAAGUGAACCGCAACCCGGAAUGGGACUGGUACAAUACGAACAAAGAUGACAUCCACAGAGAAUUCUUGGAAUUGUUGGAGGCAUCGGUGCUGUCGAGAAUGUUUGGAGACGAAAUCGAAGGCUACCAUCGGAAAAAGAACCCUUCUGUGAUGGAAGGAAACAACGGGGAAAUGGGCUUUGGGAAAGUAGGAUCCAAGAAUCGCGUCAUUCGGAGCAAGGGCAACGGCAUGGCGAGCGGGACGAGGAAGCGAAAAGGGACGACAGUUCCAAGCAAUUCCAAGAAACAUAAAGUCUUUCUCGAGACCAACAAUGAUGGGGAAAACAAUAGCAAGCCCGAGAAGGACAUUUAUUUUUCCUUUGGCGAAUUGAUCCAACUCGCAUACAAGAAAGAGCCCAUCAAAGACGACAGAAGCUCGCGAACCAUCAUUUUCGAGUCCUUACCAUCGAAAUCCAAUAGAAAGAUCGCUGAUGGACACAACGGCAACAGCGAAACAAUAACGCGGGCGGCGGGAGGAGGAACAUUUCUCGACCGGCAGAAACUCUCCCAUCGACUGCUUGUUUGGAUUGGCAAAAGCGAAGCAGCAGCUUCUGCGGGUGGUGGACAUUCACACGCCACAGCGGCCGAGGGAAUGUACCGAAACGAAAUGGUUCCCAUUUCGAGCCUCUUUCGAAAACCACCUGAGUUUGUGUCUCUGUCGGACGACGAUGACGGAGACUAGGACAAACGGAGUGGACAGCGGUCGAGGACCCAAUCUGCUUCCCAUCCCCUUCUUGGUAUCUCCCAGAAACACUUCUUGAAAAAUUGUCUACGGGUAUGUAAUAUCUGUUUGGUAUACCAAUCAGUUACUACCCAAUAUAGCGUACGAGACAAG